GGAGGGUGAGAGAGAAGCUCGGAGAGCAGAGAAAAGGGGCCACCCGGUCGCCCCCCCCCCGCUUCCCCGCACGCGCUCUCCAGCCGGGCCGCCCUCCUGCAGCAGUUACCCCGGCCUUUCCCCUCUGUCCCCCGAGAGCGGAACGAGGCGCUGAGUGAGGCCCUGCCGGGGCGGCCAUGCGGCGGUGACAGGAGCGCGGCCGAGACGCACUGGCCCCUCGCCCUCACCUCCCGCCCGCUCACAGCUCCCUCAGCCGAGGCUGCUCCGCGGCGGCCUCAGCGCGCGCGGCCCCCACUCGCGCCCUUCGUACUCCGGCCCCGCGCUGCCCGGAGGCGGCUGCACUCGGGGAUCAUGGCCCAGGUAGCAAUGUCUACCCUGCCCGUUGAAGAUGAGGAGUCUUCGGAGAGCAGGAUGGUGGUGACCUUCCUCAUGUCUGCCCUCGAGUCCAUGUGUAAGGAGCUGGCCAAGUCCAAGGCGGAAGUGGCCUGCAUCGCGGUAUACGAGACAGACGUGUUUGUGGUCGGAACCGAGAGGGGUCGUGCUUUCGUCAACUCCAGAAAGGAUUUCCAGAAAGAUUUUGUAAAAUACUGUGUUGAAGAAGAAGAAAAGGCAGCCGAGAUGCAUAAGAUGAAGUCCACACCUCAGGCCAGCCGGAUGAGUGUGGAUGCCGUAGAGAUCGAGACGCUCAGGAAAACAGUUGAGGACUAUUUCUGCUUUUGCUAUGGGAAAGCCUUAGGCAAAUCCACGGUGGUGCCUGUCCCGUAUGAGAAGAUGCUUAGAGACCAGUCGGCUGUGGUAGUGCAGGGCCUUCCAGAGGGAGUCGCCUUCAAACACCCUGAAAAUUAUGACCUUGCAACCCUGAAAUGGAUUUUGGAGAACAAAGCAGGGAUUUCCUUUAUCAUCAAGAGACCCUUCCUAGAGCCAAGGAAACACCUGGGUGGUCGUGUGAUGGUAACAGAUGCUGAAAGGUCCCUGUUGUCUCCAGGUGGAAGUUGUGGCCCCAUCAAAGUGAAAACGGAGCCCACAGAAGAUUCUGGCAUUUCUCUGGAAAUGGCAGCUGUGACGGUCAAGGAGGAGUCAGAAGACCCUGACUACUAUCAGUACAACGUCCAAGCAGGCCCUUCUGAAACUGAUGAUGUCGAUGAAAAACUGCCCCUUUCGAAGUCUUUGCAAGGAAGCCAUCAYUCUUCGGAAGGCAACGAGGGAACAGAAAUGGAGGUGCCUGCAGAAGAUUCUACUCAACAUGUCCCUUCAGAAACAAGUGAGGACCCUGAAGUUGAGGUGACUAUUGAAGAUGAUGAUUACUCUCCACCCACCAAGAGACCAAAGAGCAACGAGCCUCCACAGCCGCCUGUUGCAGAGCCUGCAAAUGCCGGGAAGCGGAAAGUGAGGGAGUUCAACUUCGAGAAAUGGAAUGCGCGAAUUACUGAUCUACGUAAACAAGUUGAAGAGUUGUUUGAAAGAAAAUACGCUCAAGCAAUAAAAGCCAAAGGUCCGGUGACGAUCCCAUACCCUCUUUUCCAGUCUCAUGUUGAAGAUCUUUAUGUAGAGGGACUUCCCGAAGGAAUUCCUUUUAGAAGGCCGUCUACGUAUGGAAUUCCUCGACUCGAGAGGAUAUUGCUUGCAAAGGAAAGGAUUCGUUUUGUGAUCAAGAAACACGAGCUCCUGAACUCCACGCGGGAAGACCUGCAGCUCGACAAGCCCGCGUCCGGAGUCAAAGAAGAGUGGUAUGCCAGAAUCACUAAGCUAAGAAAGAUGGUAGAUCAACUUUUCUGCAAAAAGUUUGCUGAGGCCUUGGGGAGCACUGAAGCCAAGGCUGUACCGUACCAAAAAUUUGAGGCGCAUCCUAAUGACCUCUAUGUGGAAGGGCUACCAGAAAACAUUCCUUUUAGAAGUCCCUCUUGGUAUGGAAUUCCAAGGCUGGAGAAAAUCAUUCAAGUGGGAAAUCGGAUAAAAUUUGUUAUUAAAAGACCAGAACUGCUGACUCAUAGUACAACUGAAGUCACUCAGCCAAGAACCAACACUCCAGUCAAAGAAGAUUGGAAUGUUAGAAUUACCAAGCUACGGAAGCAAGUAGAAGAAAUUUUUAAUUUGAAAUUUGCUCAAGCUCUUGGACUUACAGAGGCAGUGAAAGUACCAUACCCUGUGUUCGAAUCCAACCCGGAGUUCCUCUAUGUGGAGGGUUUGCCAGAAGGAAUUCCCUUCCGAAGCCCCACCUGGUUUGGAAUUCCUCGACUUGAAAGGAUUGUCCGUGGGAGCAAUAAAAUUAAGUUUGUUGUUAAAAAACCUGAGCUGGUCGUUUCCUACCUGCCUCCUGGAAUGGCCGGCAAAGUAAAUACUAAAGCAUUGCAGUCCCCCAAAAGACCACGGAGCCCUGGGAGUAACUCAAAGGUUCCUGAAAUUGAGGUCACGGUGGAAGGCUCUAACAACAAUAACCCUCAGACCUCCGCCGUUCGAACUCCCACCCAGACUAAUGGCUCCAAUGUUCCCUUCAAGCCUCGUGGGAGAGAGUUUUCCUUUGAGGCCUGGAACGCCAAGAUCACGGACCUGAAGCAGAAAGUCGAGAAUCUUUUCAAUGAAAAAUGCGGUGAAGCUCUUGGCCUUAAGCAGGCGGUGAAGGUGCCAUUUGCAUUGUUCGAGUCUUUCCCGGAGGACUUCUAUGUGGAAGGCCUACCCGAGGGCGUGCCCUUCCGAAGGCCCUCUACCUUUGGCAUUCCGAGGCUGGAGAAGAUACUGCGCAACAAGGCCAAGAUCAAAUUCAUCAUUAAGAAACCAGAGAUGUUUGAGACGGCGAUCAAGGAGAGUACCUCCUCCUCCAAGAGCCCGCCCAGAAAAAUAAAUUCGUCGCCCAAUGUUAACACAACUGCGUCAGGUGUGGAGGAUCUGAACAUCAUUCAAGUGACAAUUCCAGAUGAUGACAAUGAGAGACUGUCAAAAGUUGAGAAAGCAAGACAGCUGCGCGAGCAAGUGAACGACCUCUUCAGUCGGAAAUUCGGCGAAGCUAUCGGCAUGGGCUUCCCUGUGAAGGUGCCCUACAGGAAGAUCACCAUCAACCCUGGGUGCGUGGUGGUGGAUGGCAUGCCCCCCGGGGUGUCCUUCAAAGCCCCCAGCUACCUGGAGAUAAGCUCCAUGAGGAGGAUCUUAGAUUCUGCUGAGUUCAUCAAGUUCACAGUCAUUAGGCCAUUUCCCGGACUCGUGAUUAAUAACCAGUUGGUUGAUCAGAACGAGUCAGAAGGCCCUGUGAUCCAAGAAUCAGCUGAGCCAAGCCAGUUGGAAGUACCAGCAACGGAAGAAAUUAAGGAGACUGACGGAAACUCUCAGAUCAAGCAAGAACCAGAUCCCACGUGGUAGACCUCUUCCCUCCCAGGCUUAAGGUGUCAGUGGUUGAGAAGAGCUUUUUGGACCUGUUACUGCCCCAAGCUGUGUAAUAUACUUGUAUAACAGAAAUACCUUCUAUACAAACCUUUUUUUCUACUUUUAGAUAGAAAUGUCUACUUUUUCAGCAGUUCUGUGAAUUGAAUUAAAGAGCAGAGUGACUGUAGAUUUGGAAUGGCUGGUUUACUUUGGAAUGUAUAUUAAGGAUUUCAGCAAUGCUGGGAACACGACAGGGAAAUGACAGGGACGACUCUCAGCAGAUGUUUGGACGUAUCCAGCAGAGCCUUCGGCGUGGUGUGUAUUUUCCAGUUGAGAGAAGAUAUCUCCUACGGGAACAUCUCAGCUUCUGCAUCGAAGAAAAUUCCUGUGAUAGUCAGUUCUUUAGUUUUUCUAUUGGAAGAAUCAUUUAAAUGCYCCUUGUUCACCGCUGUCCUUGAAGGCCGAGUGAAUAGUAGUCAUCUGUACAUUUGACUAGACCUUUUCCUAAGCUAUCUAUCAUGGUUCCUGCGUUUUUAUCAGAAUGAAGAGAACCACCGUGUGGACGCCUGACGGUCGGUGAGAGGCCCGGCGUGGGUGGACGGCCUGCAGAUCCCUCUUCCACCUCUACGCUUCGUCCAAAGCGUAGCCUGGGAGUCAGGGUUGGGUCUGAGCGCUCAGGCAAGCUGCGCCUCGGAAUCUGUGGCGUGGGCUGUCACCGUCUGUCAUUUUCUAAUUCUGCGUGGGACACUGAGGCACCAGUGGGCAGCAGGGCCAGCAGGUUGAUUGAUUCUGCACCCUUGCUAUUCUGCGCCAUACAUAGGAGAGUCCUGGUGUGUGGGGAGUUCAGACUGUGGGUCUCGAUGCCGGCUGUGGAGCUGGAGGCGGGGAGGCAUAGCGCUCUCUUUACUUAUCACGAUGUUCACAUGGAGAAUCAUAUACACGGUAGCAAAAUAGGCAUUUUUAUGUGUUACUUAUAUUUUACCUCAAAUUAAAUUGUAGAUAUAGGGUAAUAAAUAAAAUCCAUCCAUG